GGUCACCACUGCACUUACAUGAGCUCCUGGAAGGCAGUGAGAUCCACCUGCCCGAGGUGCCAGUGCCACCGCGGAACCCCGAGCUGGUGGCUCGGCUGGAGCGGAUCAAGGCCAAGCUGGCCCAUGAGGAGUACCAACGGAUGACCCGCAACAUCACUGGGCAGGAGACAAAUGGGCCAUUGGCUGAAUUUGGGAGGCAAGUUCGCUCUGUGAAGGCUGUUGUUAUCACCGUACUCAACUUCAUUGUCACCGUGGUGGCCUCCUUUGCCUGCACAUACCUGGGCAGCCAGUACAUCUUCGCAGAGACCGCAGCGCGUGUCCUGUCGGCUGUCAUCGUGGCCUCGGUGGUGGGCUUGGCUGAGCUGUACGUGAUGGUGCGGACCCUCGAAGGGGACCUUGGGAAGCUAUGA